AAAUGACGAGUGUUUUUGUUUGAUAGGUUUGAAGUAAUCAGCAACAAAAUGCUUCCCCGGAUUUGCAUCAAAUUUCGGCUCAAAUAUGUGGUGUCGGUGAUAAUGUUGCUGUUGGUCCUAGGAUACUUUGGCGCAUUUACCCACAUGUUUGAGGCGGAUUUCGAGAAGACCUUCACCUACCCGAUGGAGGGUGACAUCCUCUCCAACGUGUAUCAGCUCCGACACGGUCAGCGACCGGCUGUGGAGCCGAUCAAUGGGUAUAAUUAUACGUACAUCACGGAUUGUCAGCACAAGUGCAAGGAAGACGACCGGAUGAUUGCCCCGCGGUUGGUGCUUAUCGUAAAAUCUGCCAUGGAAAACUUUGACCGUCGGGUGGCGAUCCGCAAAUCAUGGGGUUGGGAGAAGCGAUUUUCCGACGUAAUGAUCCGGACGGUGUUUGUGUUGGGUCGACCGGCCGCGCCGAAUCGGCGGCUUCAGUCGUUGAUCGAUUUGGAGUAUGCCAACUACCGGGACAUUGUGCAGGGUGAUUUCGUGGAUGCAUACUUCAACAACACGAUCAAAACGUUGAUGGGUUUCCGAUGGGCAGUAAGCUACUGUCCCCGGGCCAAAUUUUACAUGUUUGCGGACGAUGAUUUCUUCAUUUCGUCGAAAAAUUUGCUCAAGUACGUUAGGAAUCCGGUGAACUAUCCGGAAUAUUUGGAGGAAACGGAUGAAGCCCUGCGGAAGCUAGCACGCAGGUUAAGUCAGACGACGGGUAAUAACAAUGGGUCUGAAUCUGCGGGCGUGGAAACGGAUGAAGGGAAGAAUAAUGCGAGCGAAACCGUCGGCAGGGUGAAACGGCAGAUAUUGAACAUGGAUAUGGAGCUGCCGCGGGAUGUGAAGCUAUUUUCGGGAUUUGUGUUCCGGUCGGCUCCGCACCGGCAUCGGAGCAGCAAGUGGUACGUGUCGCUCGAAGAGUACCCUUGGGAUAUGUGGCCGACUUACGUGACGGCCGGGGCGUUUCUGCUGUCGCACGAGGCGCUAUUCGAGAUGUACUACGUGAGCAUGUACACGAAGCAUUUCAGAUUUGAUGACAUUUAUUUGGGCAUCGUUGCCCUUAAGGCAGGAAUUGAACCGUUGCACUCGGAGGAAUUCUACUUCCACAAGGCACCCUUCUUGGGACCGCAGAGCUACAAGUACGUGCUUGCUACCCACGGGUACGACGAUCCGGAGGAACUAGUCAAAACAUGGAACGAAGUACGGGCCGCUGGCUAUGCCUGAGCACGUCUAGUCACUGAAACGACAUCGAUAAUCUGUGUAGCUGGAAGUUUUAGAGGCCAAAAGAGAAUUGAAUCUACUCUCCCACAAAUAGGAAAAUAAAAACACCCCACUGAAAUCAGAACAGGUCAAACGAUACCCACAAUACAUUUAUACAUAAACAGUAGCAGUAGCAAAGUCAACGAAAGAGGUAAAUUCAAGAUCAAUUUGUAGAAUUAGGAAGUUUAUAGGAGAAAAUCGGUUUUUGGCAACAAGUUCUUCUUUAGAAUUUCAGGGUAGGAAUUUGAAGUUUUCUAGAGAAAACAGCGCCGUUCUUACUUCGAAAGUCAGUUUUCAGACUUUACUUAGACUGAUUGUGAUAAACAGGUUGCAUGUAGUAGCGAUGAACGAAAAUGAUACACAUUUUUUGUAGUUUCUUACCAAAAAUAAUCUUAAUAUAUUUAAUUAGAAGUUCCUUAG